AUGUCUCCGCAAGACACCACCGGCCACCCGGCCGAGGACAAGCUCGAAGGCUUGUCCAAAUAUCUGAAGCGCAUGAAGACCGUUCUGCGCCCGCGGUCCGGCUCCAAGCGUCAAUCUAUGACCAUAGCCCCCGAGGUCACCGGCCAAUCCAGCACAACAGCUACCUCAGCCAUAGCCACGGCCCCAAAGCCAGUUGUUGAACAACCCGCUAUGCUAGCCAACUACAGCGUCAUCCAGCAGCAAAAAGCACGCACUCUCUUCGCCAAAUACGGGCUCACCCUCGAGCCCGAAGAGUGGAAGUUGCCCACCGAUCUUCAGCUCGCCCGAGUCACCAAGCCGAUCCGAAUGCGCGUGCGCCGCACCUGCCACCGCUGCGACACGACCUUCGGCCCAGACAAGGUCUGCGUCAACUGCCAGCACCCACGCUGCAAGAAGUGCCCCCGCUUCCCGCCUCAUGAGCAUAAGGAUGCCGAGCAGCCGCGGAUUCCCAAGCCCAAGAUCCUCGAGAUCCGCGCCCGGCAGUACGGCGCCCCGUCGCUCAAUCAGCACUUCAUGUUGACUGGCGACCCCAAUGCGCCUCUGAAAAUGCAGUCGCGUUCAAGCGGGCAGGAUCUCAUCUGCAAGCCCGUGCGGCAGCGAGUCCGGCGAUCCUGCCACUCUUGUGGGAAGGUGUUUGCCGGUGGAUCCAAGGAGUGCGAGUGCUGCAAACAUAUUCGCUGCAAGAAGUGUCCCCGCGAGCCGCCCAAGCCGGAUAAGUAUCCUGAUGGCUAUCCUGGCGAUGUCGACCCACCGGAUCUGCUUAAGCUGAAGCCCGAUCGCACUUUCAGAAAAUCCCGCCGUCGGGUCCAUUACAUAUGCCAUGUCUGCGACACGGGAUAUAAUGAAGGCGCCAAUACUUGUGGAAAGUGUGGUCAGGCGAAGUGUGCAGAGACUAUACGAAUUCCACCAAAGAAAGUCAAACGAGAUCCGGACCCCGAAGUCGUACGGCGCGUCGAAGAGAGAAUAGCAGCCUUGAAUAUCCAGGAAUAA